AAGUUCUUGAGGUUGUGAAAAGAGGAGGAGAGACUGGAUUCUAUAUCUUCUGCGAGGCCUUAGAGGCAUCAAAUCUAGAAGGCUAUAUCAGACUGUCUGAUCAACUAAGAGAAGCUGUGAGCUCGGAGAUCGGCGGCCAGGACCCCGAUAUGGAGGAGGACUGCACAAAGAUGGACUCGCACAUGCGCAGUAUCCAGCGCUACCAUCGCAAGGAGCUCCUGACCAGAGCCGUGAGCAUGGCCAUGAGCGGGCGCGCCAACCCUGAGCGGACAGCCACAGCGGUGCGAGCCACGUUGAAACGAGGGGCUUCACAGCCAACGCCUCUACCGAAGCCCCGCAGGCAGGAAGUGAUCAACACCAUGUCCAAGAUCCCACAAGACAAGCUGAAGACUCUGCAGAAGGUGAUCGAUUCCGUGGGAUGCCUGGCCGACCUGGCCAGAAACGGAAUGGCGAACGGCGCGGACGAGAUCAUGUCGCAUGAAAACGACGGCGAUGACGACUAUGUGGCUACCGAUGAUGAGAAUGAUGACGAUGAAGGCGAUAGGACCCAGGAUAACCGGCGUGACUCCAGAGGGUCACCACUACCGUCCAGCCAGACACCACUACCCACUGGACAGGCACCACUACCCACUGGACAGACACUGCCUUGCCUAGUGAACAUGUCCUGUGCGAGUCUGCAGGACGAUGUCGGACAGUCGGCCGAGGAAGUCCUGACCUACCUGAAGUGGGCCGGUGCCGUCAGUGACAAUGCCCGAGUGCGCAAGUACCGCUGCUGGAUGCCUAUGACAGUUGUUGCUUUGGAGGAUGAUAGCAAACUGAAGACAUACGAUGGGCAAGGCUCCGUGCUCGUCAAGUUGCUGGCUGAUAUUCCCGAGCAGCGCUCCAGCAGUGUUCGCAGGCUGGCCGGCGAUUACGUGACGCAGCUUCAGGAGUUGCUCGGCGGCUCACCGGUGUACCUGCAGGGCUUUCACCCGCAGGACGGUCGCACAGUUCUGCUCGUGCAGAUGACGGCCGAUUCUCUGCAGCAGCUCUACGAGCUGCUCCUGCACAACCCAGGCCGCCUGGCCAGCAAGGGAAUUCUGCACGUGUCCACAUUCGACGGCUCAACAGUCUUGAGCAUGGAGCAAUCAACUGCCAAGACUGCACCGCAGAUGUCUGUGGAGGAUGAGGGACUAAUGGACAAUUUGUUGGAAGAGGUCAAGCAAUAUGAAAAUUGUUCUGUGGACAUUAGCAAGAUACGAGAGAAGGCAUCGUUGCAUGAGGUCGUUCAGGAGCUGUAUGAGAUUUGUGAUGAGCCUGGGGCUAGCCCAGUCGUCAGCACCAUCCUCAGGGCCACUGAGAAUACAAUCAAGCGAGAGCCGAGCUACAAGCGUCGCAAGAACCUGUUCACAAAGAGCGGGACAUGGACAAGCUACUCCUCUAAGGACAAGCCCGGCAAGAACGGCACACAGGCGCCACCUUCUUCUCCCGAGCCGCCCCCUGGCAGUGGCAAGAACAGUAGCACUAGCAGUUCACAUCCAACACACCAACAGCUGAACAUGGUUGAUGUGAGGACUUCAAAUGUGCCCACACCACUCGAGCAGGUUUCUACUGCUGAUGAAAGCAGUCGCAGCAGCAGAAGCGACAGUGGCAACAGCACCAGCAGCAGUAGCAGCAUCAGCAGCGACAGCGGUGGCAGCAGCAACAGCAUUGACAGCAGUAGCAGUAUUGGCGGCAAUGGCAGUAGCAGCGGUACCAGCAGCAGCAGCAGCAGCAGCAGCAGCAGCAUUGCUGGCAGUAGUGCAGCACCAAACCCAGGAUAUCAGAAUAUGGCUGGAGCAAGUGCCUUCUCUAGUGCAGCACUAUUAUCAGGGGAACGCAAGUUUACCAGCGUCAUGGCACUGGCCACUGAUGUGACGCCUAUCUAUCAGAACCUGAGUGAAGCCAUGGCCACAUCAACUUUAGAAUCACCUAGCACCUACAGAGAACCAGUUUGCAAUGUUCCUCCACUGCCAAGGCGACAAUUCACAGCACCGGCACCAACCGCGGAGCUUAUACCAGAACCAGUAUUCGUUGCUGUUGAUCACGUAUACCCGGACAAACCGGAUCCUCAAGUUCGUCCACAGGAUAUGAUCUGGUAUCACGGCCAUAAAACCUCAAGGAAUGGCGCUGUGUCUCUGCUAAAAGAUGAACGACCCGGAAGCUUCCUAUUGCGCAAGCAUCGAUGGGACACUGUGUCCUUCAUCCUCUCAUUCAAAGCUUUCACGUCAGUCAUGCAUUUGAAGAUCAGAGUAAACCCUAACGGCCUCUAUAUCCUGGGAGAAAAUGGCAAGCCAUUCCCGACAUUGUCACACAUGAUUACCUGCUAUCAAAGAAGCCCAAUGCCCGUAUCACAACUUGGUGACAUCUUCCUCACGCGCGGCAUUCCGCCCUGCCAUGAACACCCCGAUGAGCGGUCACCGAUCUAGUAGAGUACUAUAGCAGACUUGUCCCUCACUGGACUGCACGACGGUAUGUACAUACAUUGCAUGUUGGCAUUCAAGCAUCGCAGCUCAUUGUGAAUGCACCAUCGCAGCAGUCCGACAUCCACCACUAUGGCUUGUGUUCGACAGGAGAAGGUAUGACGUCCAGCGGCCAAAGAGAGUCGGAAAGUUUGUGUCUUUGUGGAUACCUCCAGCACUGCCGAGCCACAACACUUUCAGCAGAGACUUCUGUGUGUGUGUGUGUGUGUGUGUGUGUGUGUGUGUGUGUGUGUGCGCGCAUGUGUGUGUGUGUGCGAGUGCGUGCAUGCUUCGUAUGUGUGUUUGUGUGUGCAUGUGUGUUACUGUUGUGAGAGUGGACCACAGACACUAACUGUUUAAAGUUGUGUUAAUGUUCUCAUGCAUACAAGCUGCCCAGUAUCAUACCAAACAUUGGGUAGUGGUAGAAUCUCAGAAAAUCUCAUCCAAUGAUAUUAUGUACAGUCAACUUUGCUUAUAACGACACUCGGCGGGGCAUCAAAAGGGUGUCCUUAUUUGCGAAGCGUCGUUAUACCCGAAGUCUCAUUAUAUGUAUUACAGUGGGAUGGGACUUUGCUCUGGGCAUGGAAAUUCUGUUGUUAUUCGCGAAUUGUCGUUAUACCCGCAGUCGUUAUUAGCGAAGUUGACUGUAAUAGGUUUUGCAGGCAAUACAUUCCCUGUCUCUCUGCACCAUGGCACAUAUUCAAAGGUACGUUAAACACGACAUGAUCAUAAUAUUAUCACUACAAUGACAAGCAAAGCUUCCUACACAAUCUCGUAGUGGAUUGUAGCACGGACUUCUAAACUUUACUUUAUUUCAAUUUUUAUGAUCAAAACUCAGCAUCAAAAUCGGGUAUAGUUGAUGGACUCGAUCGCAUAACUUGUGUCCGUACUUUUCUAUGGCACUAUUUUUUUAAUGAUUAGACUAUUGUUUUCUUUGGCUACACAUUCAAUCUGUCAGAUUUUGCUCCAAAGAAGCCCAACAUCACACGCUCUAUCUCGCUGCAAACAUUUCUGUCACAUCUUGCACGAUAUAGAGGGCUGCACAUUCACCUCAGUAUUAUUAGGUUCACCUCACCGUC